AUGGCUUCGUCUUCGUCAAAUGUCGUCGGUGUCCACUACCGUGUGGGGAAGAAGAUUGGCGAGGGUUCAUUCGGUGUCAUUUUCGAGGGAACCAAUCUGUUGAACAACCAGCAAGUUGCCAUCAAAUUUGAGCCUCGAAAGAGCGACGCUCCCCAGUUGCGAGAUGAAUACCGAACGUACAAGAUCCUCGUUGGUUGCCCUGGCAUCCCCAACGUCUACUACUUCGGCCAGGAAGGCCUCCACAACAUUCUCGUCAUCGAUCUCCUAGGCCCUUCGCUGGAGGACCUCUUCGACCACUGCGGACGGCGGUUCACCAUCAAGACGGUCGUCAUGGUGGCCAAGCAAAUGCUUUCGAGGGUUCAAACGAUACACGAGAAGAACCUCAUCUACCGAGACAUCAAGCCGGACAACUUCUUGAUUGGUCGCCCGGGCACCAAGGCCUCCAACGUCAUCCACGUCGUCGACUUCGGCAUGGCCAAGCAGUAUCGGGACCCGAAGACGAAGCAGCACAUUCCAUACCGCGAGCGAAAAUCUCUGUCGGGCACUGCUCGCUACAUGAGCAUCAACACCCACCUGGGCCGCGAGCAGUCCCGGCGAGACGAUCUGGAGGCGCUCGGACAUGUCUUCAUGUACUUCCUGCGAGGUGGCCUGCCCUGGCAAGGCCUCAAGGCUGCAACUAACAAGCAAAAGUACGAGAAGAUUGGCGAGAAGAAACAGACCACGGCCAUCAAGGACCUCUGUGAAGGCUUCCCCGAGGAGUUCUGCAAGUAUCUCACGUACGUUCGCAACCUGGGAUUCGAAGACACCCCCGACUACGACUACCUCCGGGACCUCUUCAGCCAGGCCCUAAAGAACGCCGGCGAGGUCGAGGACGGCGAGUACGACUGGAUGAAGAUCAGCAAGGAUUCGGGAAAGGGGUGGGACUCGAUGAAGAACCACAGCGCGGCGUACCUGCACAACCCAAACGUGAGGCCCGGCCCAUCUCAAAUGGAACUUCACAGUGGCCAUCGUCCUGGGAAUACCAACUCUCACCAGCAAGCACAGAACCUCACUGUCAGCCGUUUAAACGCCGCACAACCCCCCACUCCGUCACCGAUCAAGCAGAUGGGCAAGCAGAGAGAUCGGCCAAGCGCGCCCGGCGCCAUCCCGGGCCAGCGCACCAGCGGGGUGGGGGGUCUCCGAGAUAUGGCCACCCCGACUGGCUCUACUCAAGCUCAAUUCCAGAACAGCACCCAGAACCUGCCGCAACAGAGGGUGCCGCAGCAGGGCCCCAUGGUGGCGGCGGGCCAGCCUAGCCAGCGGCCUGCGGAGCCCCAGCCCAGUGGCUUCCAGAAGUUCAUCAAGGCAAUUUGCUGCGGCUAG